UUCGCGCUGAAAACAAACCGCUCCGCGACUUUCUAUGACUCUACACUUUCUGCAGAUCGAUAUAAAAUGGCAUCAAGCUAUGGAUCACUUGCCAAGGAGGCCAGUAUGCUGCUCGAUCAAUUCAGCACUGGCAGACAGAGUUUGGAUGACUUCAUUGAGGAGGCUUCAAAGCACCUGCAGAACAUGGAUACUCUGCAUAAGAAAUUCAUACUUGAUGUCGUUUCUGGAUGCGUUGAGCACAAAAAGUUACUGGACCUAGUGAUCAAUGUGUUCUAUGGCCAGAACUGGAAAUGCCUAUCUAGAGGUGAUCGCAGCCAGUUUGUCAUUAUCUGUUACCUCGCCACAUUUUGUCUUGAUGACCUUGGACUUCAGCAUUUUAGCAGCAUUGUCAAAUCUCUGGACAUCAAGAAGAUGCACACAUUCCUGACUUUCUUCUUCACAAACCUCACCACGUGGAUACAAGAUGAAUGGAAUAGUAUCUAUGACGCUGCCUUUGUGAAGGAACACUUGAUCAGCCCUCUGCUAAGAUGGCGCCCUGAGAUGGAUAUUCUUAUGGACCAGCUUGCUGCCAAAAUAUCUCGUGGGAGUCAGGUGAAGAAAGCUCCCAUCAAAACCACGAAGCCCCAGGAGUUCUCUCUGACCAAACCUAAACCUCGACCUCUGCCCGUGCCUGAGCUCAUUCCACUGCAGGAAAAAUCAAAACCAGUACCAAAUAGCACAUACAAGGCUCCAAAAGAGAUGCAGAUGAUAGAGGAGAUCAAACAAAAGAACCAUCAAAAGACUGAGGAACUGCUCUAUGAGGCAAAUGUGAAACAGUUCAGAUGUGCAAACCCACAGAAGUCUGAACACACUAAGAGAGUGAUGUCUCAGAUUAAAGAGGACUUGGAUUCAAAACUCAAAUUCAGCUCAUGUCAUUCUUCUGGACGUCCCUCCAGUAAAAAGAAGGACAGCUGGCCCAUCAAGCUCAACAGUGCAGCCAUCUUGAGGCAGGGGGCACUGUACAACCGUCAGGUGGAGGAGGAGCUGCAAAGAAUAGAGCGUUUGGUGGAGGGGACACGUGAGCCCUCGUCCUUCCUCCAGUGGCAAAAGGAGAUGCGUGAGAAGGACCUUCAGGAGGAGCUGGCCAAGAUUGAGCGCAGGCGUCUUGAAGGACGCAUCAGUUACGAGGAGGCAGCUAUAGCCCGCACACGGCUGAAGGAAUGCAACCAGAAGACUGCUCAGCAGAAGAAAGCAGAGACAGCUCAGCUGAUGCGGAGAUAUGCGGAAAAAAGGUUACAGGAGGAAAAAGAAAUGAGAGACUUGGUGCAACAAGUGGCAGACGGACACAAGAACUCAAAGACAGCUAAAGAGAAAUUACAGAAACUCAAGCAAAACAUAGUGAAAGAAGUGUCAGAGCAAAGUCGAGAGCUCCUUCGUCAAGCACUAGAGGAAGCACAAGCAGAGCUCAGCAGGAAAUUUGAGAUCAUCCGAGAAAUCCACGCCAUUGAAUCGCUUCCUCACGUUACAGUCAGGAAUUUUGAUGACACAGAGACUGCAGGCCACGAGCUGCUGGGAGAGAUGUCCCUGGUGGAGCUGAAGGAGCGGCUGGCCCUCCUGAGGGAGGCGCAGCAAACAGAGCAGCAGGAGAAACGGGAGCAGAUCCUAGAGGAGAAGCAGAACAAGAGGCAGCUGCUGUCGGAGCAGCUGGACACCAUCACCCUCCACACGAGAGCGCUGGCACAGGCUGCAGCCAUCAGGAGAGAGGAGAGGAAAGCCAGGCUGGGUUUUCGGCAGGCGGCAUCUCAGGAUGAGACAGUUUUGGCUCUGCAGAAGAAGCUCGAAGAGAAACAACAAGAGCGCCAAAAACUGAAGCAAAUUGAAAGCAAGAGGGCCAAAACCUCCGAGCAGGCGGCAGCACACACUGUUAGAAACACAGGGACGCACAACAAAAAAAGCCUGACGCAGAAAAGCUGGGAGGAAUUGGAGCUGAGCUUAGAGCGUCAUAUCCAGAAGAACGCUCCUUAUGUUGUUUCUCACACAGAGACACUCAAGACAUAAAUAUGAGCAACAUGCUCCACAGGCCUGUGAAUGUUUCAUUUUAGAUCAGAAAGAUGAUUAGUUGUAUUUGCUGCGAGAAAUGUGUGGGAUGAUUAGCUUUUCCCCUGUUGUUAUGCUCUUAAUUUGACACAUUUUGCAUUAGCAUUGCUGGAGAAAACGUCUGGUUGCCACUAUGAUUUAUCACCACAAAUGAACAAAUUGUUAUUAUUGAAUUCCAUCUGAGUGAUCAUCUAGGGUUGUUUAUAAUUGUGUUCAUUGUUGUGUGUGUGAGACAUGAAAGGGGAAGUGAACCUUCCAACAUAUGACUGAUAACUAAAAUUUCCCUUCCCCAAAACAAUGUUGUUAUUUUGUGCCUUGUAUGUUUUGGUAACAAGUUACUGUAAAAUGUCAGUCAUGAUUACUCAUUAGUCAUCAUCCAGGUCAUGCACCAAAGGAGAACUAAGGCGAGUAUGACACAGAAAUGUGACCGCAAAUCUUUAUAAUUGGUAUUUUACAAUGUAAUAUUUCUAUCUAUCCAUCUACCUACCCACCUAUCCACCCCCUUCCUCCCCAUCCAUCCAUCCAUCUUCCUACAUAUCUUUCCAUUUAUCCAUCCCCCUACCUAUCCAUCUAUCAGUCCACCUACCUACCUAUCCAUCUACCUAACUACCCAUCUAUCCAUCUACCCACCUAUCUAUCCAUCUACCUGCCUAUCCAUCUAUCAUCUACCUACCUAUCUAUCCAUCUACCUACCUAACUAUCCAUCUAUCCAUCUACCUAUCCAUCUACCUACCUAUCUAUCCAUCUAUCUAAAUACCCAUCUAUCCAUCUACCCACCUAUCUAUCCAUCUACCUACCUAUCCAUCUAUCAUCUACCUACCUAUCUAUCCAUCUACCUACCUAUCCAUCUAUUCAUCUACCUACCUUUCCAUCUAUUUAUCUAUCUACCUAUCUAUCCAUCUACCUACCUAUCCAUCUAUUCAUCUACCUACCUA